UCUGAUGAGACUGCUGUGUACGAAAUGUAGCGGAGGUGGUGGAGAUGAGAGACUUCAGUGUGCAGACACCUCGAUGACUUAGAUAGGAAUGUGUAAUGGAGGUGGAAUCAGUAAUAUACUCUUUCAGUUGACUGAAUAAGUAAAAUGUUUGUUACGCUUUUGUACUAUUUUCAAUCUAAAGGGAAAAGUUUAGGGAAAAAUCUUCAGUCGCUUUCUUGAAGACUAAGCUAGAAGUUUGAAAAUGAAAUUAGCAGCUUAGCAAAAACACAGAAAGCAGGGGAACAGCCUCUGUCCUAAGACAACAAAAUCAGAUUACUGGCAUUUCUGAAGCUGAUUAAUAAGAACAGAGUGUUUCUUUGGUUUAAAAAGUGCCAAAAAUGAAGUACAAACAAACAAAAAGAAUGCAGUUUUGUGUUGAACUCCUGUGUCAGAAUGCGUAAUUCCCUGCUCGUUGCCUAGCAGUCGCCCAGUGCUAUAAAAAUAACCAUUUAGUUAACUAGACUGUAGGUAAAUCUGUAUUUCCUUCCUUUAACCUGAAGCUAGAAGUGCAGUUGAAACUAUAUUUUUAGACUUGCUAGACCUCAACUUACAAGUAGGUGAAAUCUUGAGCCCUUUUCAGUGUGUCCUAAAUGUCACAUUACUUGUGUUUAAAGGUAGAAGUUUUAAGUCAUGAAUGUAUCCUAUGUAUGUAUCUAAUAUAGCUGUUUUUUAUUGUUGUGCACAACAGACUUUGCAAGCAAAUGUCUCCAUUUCAGUUCUGCUACAGGGAGUUCCUUUAGUUGUGGUUUAAGGGCUUUUGGGAGAAUGACUAUUAAAAACUAUUAGUCAAAAUGCCAAUAAUCAUAUUAGAAUCUGCUUUUCAGAGAAGCGUCACCUUUUUAAUCAAGAAUCCACAGAAGAGUAAUCCUCUACAGUACAUUUUCAUCAUCCUGGACACUUUGUAAGUCAAAUAAAAAAUAUUAACUGUUAUGUAGCUGCUACAUUUCUGACUAUUUUGUGACCCUGGCUAAGCCCCCAAACUUAUGAUAGUUUCACUACGUGUCCUUCCACCACGUAGCUCCCCUCACUUCUCCCAUUUUCACACGUACAAUAUAUCAAUCUAUAUUUAAAGGUAAAUGUCAGAACACAGGAAAUGCUCAGAUCCCCUCCUAUAGAGGCGACCUGCUUCUAAAAUACAUCUAUCACUUCCCAGCUCUUCACUGUGCGAGUCUGUGUUUGUGCCUUAAGGCUUCUGGCCGAGCCAUCUGACUGCUGGUUUAUCUGCUCCGACACACACCCUCUCACUGGGAAAGUGUCACUCCUCCCCCUCCUCCACCUCCUCAUUCCUGCUGACUCCCUGCUCACUCUCCUCUCUCGCCUCCUCGUCUCACCCAUCUCUGUAGCUCCUAGUCAUGGAGGAGACAACAGUCACACACCAACCUCGGCUUUCAGCCACCGAGGCCUCAGCAUCAGCAUUUCAAGAGGAGGAAGUGGAGGGCUUCACCACAGGAAGUGAAGAUAACCGAAGUUUAAAUGAAGUUUCUACAGUGAUGGACCCGGUGCUCACACAGCCCGGCCUUGGCGUCACCACGACAACCAUCACCACCAUCACACAGACAGGAGGAGACUGGAGCACCGGCCUGUUUGAUGUCUGCGGAGACAAGACGACAUGUCUUCUCGGGGCUCUGGUGCCUUGCUGUUUAGACCUGAGUUUAGCACAUCAGUAUGGGGAGUGUCUGUGCAUGCCUCUGCUACCGGGAUCCACUUUUGCCAUGCGAGUUGGGAUCAGGGAGCGUUACAAGAUACGGGGAAGUGUGUGUGAGGACUGGACCACAGUGUAUUGCUGUUACCCUCUGGCUGUGUGUCAGAUGAUAAGAGAGAUGAAGAGGAGGAUGAAGACUCAGACCUAUCAUGUGUCUACUGCACUCGAAUGCUCCUGAAGAAACUGUAGACAGUGAAAUGAAGCUCUUUAACAAUACAACAGAUAUUGAUGGGGGGACCAGCAGAGAUUACUGGUAUGAACUUGCAUCAAGAAUCAAUACUAUAAGGUAUUAUCCUGAGGAUCCCCUAGACAAUAAAUGAAGCCUGACCUACAGCAGUAACAAAAAAAAAGACUGAAAAGGACAAACUGUUUUAUUGCAUAAACAAGGAGUAAAAUUACAGCUGCAAGGUUUGAACAAUGGAAAACAACCUUUAAACUGCUGCAGGACAACAGUUUUGAGAGAAUGUCUUGAAUAAACAUGGCAACAGAGACCAAAACGUACCAGCUACAUUUGAUUUAGCAGUAAAUGUCUGGUACACCGAUGUUCAAAACUCCCUUAGUUUUGUUUCAUUAAAAAUACAUUGCCUGGUCAAAAAAAAAUUAAAAAAUUCACCACCUGGAUUUAACUAUGCAAAUAGGUAAGAGCCUUCCAAUGGUUAAUUACUGCAGUGAUGAAUACGUUUCAGCUGGGAACAACUUAUUUAACUCUAGCUGAUGCAGUGAGUAGCUUCUCAUUUCUUAAACAACCAUGUUGGAGGACAUAUCCUGUGGUCAUGGAAAGGAUGUUAAUCUGUCUCAGAAGGGUCAAGUUACUGUCUGAAACUACUAAAAUCAGGUGAAGAACCGUCCAAUGCAUUAUUAAAACCUGAAAGAUAGUGGUGAACCAUCAUCUUCAAGGAACAAAUGUGGUCGGUCAUGUGAUCUGAUGAGUCCAUAUUUACCCUGUUCCAAAGUGAUGGGGGCAUCAGGGUAAGAAGAGAGGCAGAUGAAGUGAUGCACUCAUCAUGUCUAGUGUCUACCAGCCUGUGGGGGUUAGGGUUAUGAUCUGGGGUUGGUCAGGUUCAGCAACGUUAUGUUCCCAAAGAAUGAGGUCAGCUGACUACCUGAAUAUACUGAAUGACCAGGUCUUUCUAUCAGUAGAACUUUUCUUCCCUGAUGGCGUGGACAUGUUCCAAGGUGACGAUGUCAGUAUUCAUGGGACUCACAUUCAGAAUGAGUAGUUCAGGGAGCAUGAGACAUCAUUUUCGCACAUGGAUUGACCUCAACAGAGUCCACACCUCAGCCCCAUAAACCCUUUGAUGCACAACAUGGGUCAAAACACGCCCAUAUUCCACUGAAUAUGGGUGACUUUUGACCCAUGUUGUGCAUCAAAGGGUUAAGAAUCUUUGGGAUGUGCUGGAGGAGACUUUGUACAGUGGUUCGACUCUCCCAUCAUCAAUAUAAGAUCUUGGUGAAAAAUUUGUGCAUCUCUGGACAGAAAUAAACGCUGUGACAUUCCAGAAACUUAUCGAAAUGAUGCUGCAGUGAAUGAGUGCCAUACUCAAAGCUAAAGGCAAAAUAUUAGAGAGUGUGACUUUUUAUUUUGGCUGGGCAGUGUAUCUUUACAGGCAUUCACUUAUGUUAACUCAAAGAACACCAACUACUUAAGAAACCAAAUGACUUGCCGGGUCAAAAUGAAGCAGUGCGGAUAUUUCCUGUGCUCCUUCUAGGUUCACUUGGAUUUAGUUUCACAUGUGACAUUAGGAUGAGAUUUAUAGAUAUCAUCCCUAAUGAUAAGGCCGUGUGCUCAUUGCUUAAUCUGCGUCUCAAGGUCUAGAAAGCAUUAUGUUUUCCCACUUCAUCUUUCCUUAAUGUCUGAGGGGGACUGAGUGCAUUAAUGCGUCUGGUGACCUUUGGCAUGCCAGACAGAAUUUGAGGGCUUGAGCCGCACAAAUCAUACACAAGAUUUCACACUUACUUUACAUCACUUUCUAUCAAAAAUCACCCCUAUGAUGUGAUGUCAGUGAGCUGCAUGGAACAUCCAGAGCACAGGGAGACAUUGCUUUUGAAAAGGACGUGUUGCCUUGGAGUUGUCAUUGUUUUGAGCAAUUUCAUGUUGUGGUCAGAGAAAUCGACUGAGGCUGUUUCUGAGGCUGGCAUUUCAAAUAUGUUGGGGCUAAAUUUGACAGUGUAGUAAAGACAGGCUGAUCUUUCACAUGUGGAAAUCUGACGAAAACAACAUGCCUCAAUGAAUCGGACUGUUCAGAAAUGUUCAACAUGUAUCAAAUUAUUUUUAAUGAAUGUAAAGAUAACUGUGCCUUGAUUAAGACUACCAAAUUAGGUGACAGUUUAAGUGAGCAUAAUUGUUUUUGAGAGUUUUAAUUUAGAAAGUAUGCAAUGGAACAAGUGUGCAAGUCUAUUCAGCAUGCAGAACCACCUACCUGAUCCGCAGCAUACAGGCCGCAGUGAUUACAGUCAACAGUUCAAGUACAGUUUGGUGAUAAUAAAACCUAUUUCCAUA